AUGGAGACCUGGAGCAAAGAGGAGAUGUCAGCCCAUUUCCUCAGGAUGUACAAGGUGGAACUCCCAUCCUUCCUCAGGGAACUCACAGUGACAGAGGAGGACUCCCAAUCUCCACUUAUUCAGCUCUUGAAGAAGAAGAAAGAAGCCCAAGAGAUGGAAAAGGCUAUGGCAGAGAAAGAAGAGGCCUUCAGGGAGAGGAUGAAAGUCAUUGCUGACUGGUGGAGGGACCUGCACGCCAAGAGGGUGCAGCUGAAAGCCCACGUGGAGAGAUCUGGAAGGGCUGUAUGGAAACAUGAAGAGUUAUGAAUCCAAGCUCUGAAGAUAAACAGCAAACAGAGAGAGGAGAAGAUGAAAAAGGAUGGUGAGCUUUUGAGAGCCAAGAUGGAACUGGAAACCCUCAGAAAAAACCACCGUAAAUUCUGCAAAAAAGUGCAGAAGUACUCCAUCUUCAAGAAAUACCUGGAGGAUGUGGUGUUUGGACAUAAGCAAGACAGAUCAUGGCCUUGGGGAGAGCCUCAGAUAAAUGCUAAAACUAGAGAAGAUAGGACUGAGGACAUCUCAGAAGUCACUUCACAGUUCAAGUUGCUGGUGAGGACAUGGAAGGACCUUCUGCAGUCACAACAGGGGCACAAACAACUGACUGGGCAAGACAAGGAGCAGUACAAAGCACAGAAAGAAGCUGAGAUGCUUCAGGCAUGUCCCCAUGCUGCAUGUUCUCUCUCCUUCCAGGAGGUUCACUGGGCUGGCAUCCAGGACAGGCCCUCCAAGAAAACCAGGAAGCUGUGGACUAUAAAGCUGGCCAUCCACAACCUUUUCCAGUCCACCAACAUGCAGCUGCAAGCAGAGUGGGAUGUGUUGGAGUGUAACAGCUGCACACAGCUGAACAUGAUACAGCAGUUUAUCCAACACCUUAAAGACAUCCAGUUCUACGCAGGAGAUGCAGAAGCACCAGAGGGUUGCUGCAUCUCUGAAGACAAAAGGGAUGUGGCAGCAUGA